AUGGAUGAAGAAGCCGUUUAUGCGCUGUCUGCAAGAAUUCCGGAAUGCAAAGCUUGGACUUCAUUGAAAGUCCAGCCCAUAAUGCUUUCUAUCAUUGCAUUACUUUCUGGGCGAGUCUUUGUGGGUCCAGAGCUGGGUCGAAAUGAAGAGUAUCAGGACUGCACCGUUGGCUACACCUUGGAUUCCUUCAACGCUGCCAACAAAAUCCGUGCCUGGCAUCCUAUAUUGAGGCCGUUCAUCUACAGGUUUGUCCCCGAGUACCGUGCCGUCCAGCGAGAACUCGCAACUCUCACCAGACUAGUCACACCGUUGGUCCACGAGAGGUUAAAGGGCAAGCAAAAUGGCGCCCCCAACAUGAUGGAUUGGAACAUGAAUAAUUCUCCAUCAUUGAAGCGCCAUGAUGUGAAGUAUCAAGCGAUGCAACAGCUUCAAGUCAGCUUUCUCGCAAUUCACACUACGGCCAAGCUCCUGACAAACGUAUGCUUUGACCUUGCGGCCCAUCCCGAAUACCUGCAGCUUCUGCGAGACGAGUUGGAAGAGGUAUUAAAUACGACCGGGGGGCAAUUUUCUAAGGCUGCUUUACUCAAAUUGAAAAAGAUGGAUAGCAUUAUGUCUGAGACGCAGAGACAUAACCCACCGGGGAUCAUGACUUUCAAUCGAAAAGCAACAUCUUCGCUGGAGCUUUCCAAUGGCUUGCAUAUUCCUUCCGGGACGUACCUGGCGGCGGCAUCAAGUCAGAUUGCCAUGGAUUCUGAACAUUGGGAUACUCCAGAAAAAUAUGACGGGCUUCGGUUUUAUCGGAUGAGACAGGAACCGGGAUGCGGGGAUAAGUAUCAGUUUGUCUCAACGGGAACGAAUAUGCUGUUGUUUGGAUAUGGAUCUCACGCUUGCCCUGGGAGAUUUUUUGCGAACAAUGAGGUAAAAAUUGUGCUUGCGCAUUUGAUCAGAUCAUUUGAUUUUGCGCUUCCGGACGGCAAAGGACGACCCAAGCCGAUCACCUACGAUGUGGCCUUUAAGCCUGAUCCAAACCAGGAAGUUUUAUUUAAACGAAGGAGUUAG